UAUAUAUAUACGUACACGCAUAUACUCUCGUGUUCCUUCGUGCCUUCGAAGCGAAAUAAAUCUCUCAGAAAGUUUUUUUUUUUUGAUAAAAAUUUCUCAGAAAGUUGCUUUUGCAUUGAUCCAAAAUCCCUUCUUGUUCAAAGUUUCCACAUUUUGAUCUUUUUUUUUGGACUCAAAAUCUGCAAUAAUUUAUGGCAAAAAUAUGCAAAUUAUAAUGAUUUUUUUGUUAAUUUCAAGACUUUCUUGCAAAUUCCCUUCUUCUUGUUAAUUUUCCCACUCAUGGGUUCUAUAUAAACAAAAAGAUCUGCAACACCUCAUUUCUCAAAAGAUAUUAUCUUCUUCUUCUUUUUUCCUGUUCUGUUUCUUGUAGAAUUUGGUUUUUUCGAGUUGAUGUUCUUGAGAAUGGGUUGGUUAGUUGAAGUUGUUGCUGUUGCUUUGACGUUGUCUUUGGCUGCUGUAAUGGCACAGUCAGCUCCAGAAUCUGAUCUCGUCACCCAACUUCCUGGCUUCAAUGCCAAGUUUCCUUCUAAACACUACGCCGGGUACGUGACAAUAGAUAAUGAUCGUGGCAAGAAUAUGUGGUAUUACUUUGUGGAAUCGGAGAAGAACCCCUACAAGGACCCUGUUGUUCUGUGGCUCAAUGGCGGUCCAGGUUGCUCGAGUAUGGAUGGAUUUGUCUAUGAACACGGUCCUUUUGAUUUCAAACAAGUGAAACCCGAGGGUGGUUUACCGCACUUACGGCUCAAUCAUUACAGCUGGUCCAAGGUUUCCAACAUCAUUUACCUUGAUUCCCCUGUCGGUGUCGGGUUUUCUUACUCGAAGAACGAGUCUGAUUACCGAACCAACGACACUCAGACUGCGAUAGAUUCUCACACUUUUCUUCUCAAAUGGUUCGAAAAUUUCCCGAAGUUUCAAAUGAAUCCGUUCUAUCUCGCCGGAGAAUCAUUUGCCGGAGUAUACGUGCCGACACUUGCUUCCGAAAUCGUCAAUGGACAAAAAGAUGGCGUAAAGCCGUUUAUUAACUUCAAGGGAUAUUUGAUAGGUAACGGAGUUUCGGAUUCGGUUUACGACGAUAAUGCUUUAGUCCCGUUCGCACAUGGAAUGGGACUGAUCUCGGAUGCACUGUUCCAGGAGGUUACCAAAGCGUGCAACGAAAGUUUCUAUAACCCGAACGGACCCGAAUGCUCGGAGAAACUAGCGAAAGUCGACGAGGAUGUUGGAAGGUUGAACAUGUACAACAUUCUCGAGCCGUGCUACCAUGGAAACUCGUCUCUUUCAGCGUCUGACAUGAAACUGCCUUCUAGUUUCCUUCAACUAGGCAUAACGGAACGAGCCUUGCCCGUGAGAAAGCGGAUGUUCGGGCGUGCUUGGCCUCUUCGCGCUCAUGUACGUCCAGGCAAGGUCCCGAACUGGCCUCAACUUCUCGAAAGAACGAGUGUUGUUUGCACUGACGAUAGAGUGGCAACAGCCUGGCUGAACGAUCCGGCAAUCAGGAGAGCACUUCAUGCCAAAGAGGUUAGUGAGAUCGGAAGCUGGACACUGUGCACAGGAAGGCUUGAUUAUAUACACGACAAUGCGAACUUGAUCAAUCUCCAUAUAAACCUCACUCUCAGCGGAUACCGAGCACUCAUAUACAGUGGAGAUCAUGAUAUGUGCAUACCAUUUACUGGUACUGAAGCAUGGACAAGAUCUCUCGGGUACAAGGUCAUAGAUGAAUGGAGGCCAUGGAUGUCAAACGACCAAGUUGCCGGAUAUACACAAGGAUACGAGAACAAUCUCACGUUUCUAACCAUCAAGGGGGCAGGGCAUACAGUUCCCGAGUACAAGCCCCAAGAGUCCUUGGAGUUCUAUAGCCGAUUUCUUGCGGGAGAAAAGAUAUAAAACCCGUCAAGAUUCACGUCCCGUGCUCAUUAACGAGUACAGAAAUUGAAUAAAGGGUUCAUCAUAUGUUUUUUCUGUGUAGUAUCAGUAGAUUGGAUAAGAAAAUAUUUGGUUUAAGCUUUGAGCAUUACAUUAUCACCUAUGUUAUGAUUCUUCUCUGAAAGAUGGUUAUGUUUCAUUUUA